AUGAGAUCAAAGGCUGUUUACCUGUACGGCAUUGCGCCUUGCACCGGAGGGCUGGCAUUUGGCUAUGUAGGGCUUCUUUCCCCUUUUAUGCGUGGCAUCCUGGCCAUGCCGCAGUUCCUUUCGUACUUCGAUUAUCCCAGCAACUUCCGUCAAGGGGGCAUCACCGCGUCGAUCCUGGCCGGGGCCUUUGCGGGCUCCAUCAUCACCGGAGCGUUCCUAGCAGACCGCCUGGGGAGAAAAAGGACGAUUCUCCUUGGAUCGGCCAUCUUUACCAUCGGCUGUGCGAUUUCCGCGGCUGCCAAUGGCCUGGCAGCCCUCGUGGCGGGUCGACUGAUCAACGGACUGGGAAAUGGUUGUUUGGCCAUGAUGGUACCUCUCUACCAAGGAGAGCUCAGCCCGAGAGAGUCAGCCACGGUAGCUCUUCACAUAACGAUGUAUUUUCUACCCGAAUCGCCGCGCUGGCUCAUCCAGAAGGACCGACAGGAGGAAGCAUUGCAGGUUUUGGCGAGGGUUCAUGCGCAGGGGGAUGUCAAUGAUCCGUACGUGCUGGCUGAAUUCCAGGAAAUUACGGCCAAGAUUGCGUAUGAGAAGCUGCACCCGCCGCCGUCGUACUGGAAGCUCCUUUUCGGCGAGGAGAGGAGACGGAUGUGGAUUGGUAUUGGCGUGCAAUUCUGGCAGUCGAUGACUGGUAUCAACAUUAUCAUGUACUACGCCGUGUUUCUGUUCCAACAAGCAGGCUUGAGUGAGACGUCAUCUUCUCUACUUGCGAAUGGACUCCAAGGAUUGGUGUUGAACGUCUUCACCCUGCCGGACAUGUAUUAUAUGGACAAAUGGGGGCGACGCAUUCCGAUGAUCAUUGGCGGGAUCGGGAUGGGGAUUUCGAUGAUGCUGAUCGGAGUUAUUAUGAAGACAGAAGGCGACCCCGUAUUCGACUCCCUCACGCAAAAGACAAACUUCACGUUCAAAUCCGCAGCCGCGUCGCGGACGGUCAUUGCCUUUGUCUACAUCUAUGUUAUGGUGUUUGCCCUCACCUGGGCUUGCGUAGCGUGGGUGUAUCCACCGGAAAUCUUCAGUAUGAAUAUGCGAGGUCGGGCGACUUCUAUGACGACGGCGACGAACUGGUUUAUCAACUUCUGGUUUGGCCUAUAUAUCCCGACGGCUAUGAAUAAGAUAAGCUGGAAACUAUACAUCAUCUUCAUGGCCCUCUGCUACCUGAUGUCCAUCGUCGUUUACCUCUUCUAUCCUGAAUCCGCAGGCAAAACCCUCGAAGAAAUGGACCUCCUCUUCACCAAGGGCCGCUCACCAUGGGUCUUCCUCGACCGGGACGCCACCAAGAUCGGAGCAAUUUUCGAGCGCGAUCUGGCUAGAGGUGAGGCGUUGAUCGUCGACAAGGAAAAGGGUGAUGUGGAUGUUGCGGUGGCGCGGCAGGUGGAGGAUAUCGGUACUGCGAAUGCGAAUGCGAAUGCGAAUGUGAAAGAGCAGUCAGAGAAGGAAGAUGGGAAUGUGUGA